UUCCCCCAUAGGUGAGAUCAUCACAAGGGAGAGUGUGAGACAGCCACAGCCAGAGAGAGUGAGUGAGAGGGAUAGGGUAGUGAGAGCAGAGAGGAUCGUCCAUGGCGAGGAGGUAAGAACAGUGUGAUAGGAUAGAGGAGUGAGCGAGAAGAACCCAUCCACCCACCCACCCGCCAAAUCCCAGUAGGAGAUAGGAUCAUCCAUCCAACCCCCAUCUGCAUCGCAUCCAUCCAUCCUAGAUUUUUUUUCUUGUAGGAUUUCUUCUCUGCUUUUUCUAUCUUUCUUGGAGAAGAAAAAUUAAUGGAGGCGUUGGGGCUCGCCGCCGGCGAGGAGGCUCUGCAGAGAGUGCCCGGCAGCUUCUGAUCUGAUUGACCUUCUUCUUCUUCUUCUUCUUCCUUCGUAGAUGUUAUAGGCCAUUCUUUCUUCUUUUCUCCCUGACGAUUCGUUGAUUCUUUUGUACUAAGCAGCAUUUCUGCAGAGUCCAAAAAUUAUUUCCUGCAUAUACAGCAGAUACACAAACAUAUUACAUUCUUUCUUCAGUUUCUUUUCUUUUCUUUUCUUUUCUCCCAUUUUUUUUCUUUGGACUGAAAAAUUCUUUCCAAGACCACCUUCAAUCCCCACAUUCAUCCAUCCCUUCAUCCAUCCAUCCGUUCAUUCAUUCAUUCAUUCAUUCAUUCAUAGACCACACCUCACUGAAGCUCGAGCUGUAGCCACACCCACACACAUACCGGAGAGAGACUUGAGAGUGUGAUCAGCAGAGCAGAGGAGGAAGAAGAGCAGAGUUCAGAGGAGGAGGGGUUGCAUUGCGCUGCUGCAUCCGCUGGUGACGCCUGUCUCAGGGAUGUUGGCAGGCUGCUCCUUGUCGUCCAGGCAUCAGAUGAGCACGGCGCAGCGACUACCAUGCGGCUUCUCCAAGCGGGGCGGCCGCGGCGACGCCACCGGCGCCGGCGCCGCGCCGCGCGUCGUGCCGGGCGGCGACGGCAGGGGAGGCAACGGCACCUGCUCCUUCCGGGCGCAUCCGGCGCCGCCGGUCACCCAGGCCGUGUCCUGGGGCGCCAAGCCGGAGCCCUCGGUCGGCGACGGCGGCUGGGAGGUGCGGAGCAGAGCCGUUAAGCGCGCGCACGAGGAGGAGGCGGCGGCGGAGGAGUAUGGUGCUCCCGUCGUCCGCGCCAAGCGGACGCGGAUGGGCGGCGACGGCGACGAGGUAUGGUUCCAUCAAUCCAUUGCAGGGACGGCGGCCAUGAUGCAGGUGGCCGCCGGUGAAGGGGGAGAGGAGGAGGUGGCGGAGGAGGAGAGGAAGGUGUUUCUUGUGCCCAGCGCCGCCGCGUUCCCGCACGGCAUGGUGGCCGCCGCCGGGCCGUCCUCGCUGGCCGCGGCCAAGCAGGAGGAGUACAGCAAGUCGCCGUCCCACUCGUCGUCCUCGUCGGGCACGGACGGUGGCUCGUCGGCAAUGCUGCCGCUCGACCCUGCUGGCGUGAGGAGCUUCGUGGUGCCGGAGGCGGAGCGGGAGGCGCUGGAGCUCGUGGGCGCGCUCACCGCGUGCGCCGAGGCCCUCGCCGGCUGCCAGCACGACGCUGCCAACUACUACCUGGCGCGGCUCGGCGAGACGGCCUCGCCGUCCGGGCCCACGCCGCUCCACCGCGUGGCCGCCUACUUUGCCGAGGCGCUCGCGCUCCGCGCGGCCAACAUGUGGCCGCACGUGUUCGACGUCACCCCGCCGCGCGAGCUCACCGACGGCGCCUUCCACGACGACGACGACGCGUUGGCGCUGCGGGUGCUCAACAGCGUCACCCCCAUCCCGAGGUUCCUCCACUUCACGCUGAACGAGCGUCUCAUCCGCGCCUUCGACGGCCACGACCGCGUCCACAUCAUCGACUUCGACAUCAAGCAAGGGCUCCAGUGGCCGAGCCUCCUUCAGAGCCUGGCUGCGCGGAGGCCAGAGCCGCCGGCACACGUACGGAUCACCGGCGUCGGCUCGUCGAGGCAGGAGCUGCAGGACACCGGCGCGCGCCUCGCACACGUGGCCGCGGGGCUGGGGCUCGCCUUCGAGUUCCACGCCGUGGUGGACCGGCUCGAGGACGUGCGCCUGUGGAUGCUGCACGUCAAGCGCGGCGAGCGCGUCGCCGUGAACUGCAUCCUCGCCGCGCACCGGCUGCUCCGCGACGAGACCGGCGGCGCGCUGUCCGACUUCCUCGGGCUUGUGCGCAGCACGGGCGCCUCCGUCCUGCUCCUCGGCGAGCACGAGGCGGCGGGGCUGAACGGCGGGCGAUGGGAGGCGCGGUUCGCGCGCGCGCUGCAGCACUACGCCGCGGCGUUCGACGCGGUGGGCGCUGCCGGCCUGCCGCCGGCCAGCGCGGCCCGGGCCAAGGCGGAGGAGAUGUUCGCGCGGGAGAUCCGCAACGCGGUGGCGUUCGAGGGCCCCGACAGGUCCGAGCGGCACGAGAGCUUCGCGGGGUGGCGGCGGCGCAUGGAGGACGGCGGGUUCCGGAACGCCGGCAUCGGCGACCGGGAGGCGAUGCAGGGGCGGAUGAUCGCGAGGAUGUUCGCGCCGGGCAAGUACGGUGUGCACCCGCAGGGCGACGGUGAGGGGCUCACGCUCCGGUGGCUCGACAGCCCGCUGUACACCGUCACGGCGUGGACGCCCGCCGGCGACGGCGCGGCGGUGUCCGCGUCCACCACCGCGUCACACUCUCUGCAGAGCUGAACAGGAGGAGGUUAAGUGAAGUGAAGAGGAAAGAACUGAACUUUUUCAGUGGUUCUUUUGCUGAGACUCAUUCAUUCGUUAGUUCAUAAUACAAUCUGACAAAAUUCUUUUAUACAUUCAUUCAUUCAUUCAUUCAUCACCACCAUCAACAAAGAUGUAGUAGUAGCUUUUCUCUUUUGGUUUACAGUGAUAGGAGAAAAAGAUUCAAUUGUUAUUAGCUAGAGCUAUAUGUAAUAAUAAUUCUUCAUUCUUUUGGGUCUGUUUAGCUAGGAUCCCUGCAACUGCAAGAAUCAGCUGCUUGUAGAAGAAGAAGAAGCAGCAGGGUCAUUUCACAGCAUUAAUACAUUCUUUUCAGCCGUUAUAUGAAACUUGUAAUCUUUGUUCAGAUUCAGAAAUGAAAUGGAAUCAAUAGACUAUUUCAUCCA